AUGAUUGCCACGAGUUUGGAGCUGGGCGGCUGGGCUAGCGGUUUUAAUAACUUCUCUUUUGCUCCUUAUUCCAUGGCGGGAGAUGAAGAUGAUGAUGAAGAUGGUGAUGAUGAUGGUGAUGAUGGGGGAGAGACGGAUUACCCGAUCGAGGUUAAUCCGCUCCUGAACUGGGAGCCUCCACCAGGAGCGCUCCCGGGGUGUUUUGUCGCCGCUACAACCCUCACCAGCUUCCUUAAUGUCGUUGACAGCCAGGAUCUGGUGGCGAGCGUCGAGAAGAUCCUGUGGAGCAUGGUUGCCCAGUCGCUGAACAAUAGCAAGCCCAAUGUAUCGAAGUCGCUGGACAACCUGAGCAUCCUGAAAACGGAAGUGGCAAGUCUGAAGGUCUUGUUCGCUCUGCUGAGGAGAAACAUUGAAGAUGACUACACUGAGUACGGGACGUGCACCAGGGCCAUAAAGGACCUGAGAGCCAGGGACCAGAGGGCGCAUCGACACUUCAGAUACAUACAAGAAAUGAAGGACUUUCUGAAGGGCCUAUAUAAAGCCGCCCUACACAGCAAAAAAACACCUACCCAGACCAUCGAUCAAGGGGUCGAUUUUUUGGUCGAGAAUGAACCAGUUGAGUCCUCCGAGGGUUUAAUUCAAAUAUUCAAAUGCUUCCUCAAGCGCCUCCAGGAUAAAAUAGAUGAAGCCAACGGAAUCGUGGAUGAGGUGCUUCGGAAUUUGGAAAGUUUCCAGCAGAACUUCAAAGAGGUCCCGAAGGUGAAGUCUGAUGAUACAUUUGUGACAUUUUUGGAGAGGAAUCCUGGAGAGCGGGACCAGCUGAUUCGGCGCAUGAAGGACUUGGACAGAGCCUGUCGUGUAUACCAGGAGCUGAUCACGGGCACCUGACGAGGGACGGCCUGGGAGCUCUAUGAUUCCUUGUUACACAUAUCCUAUCUCUGAAUAAAGUACCAGUCCUGGUUCCCUAAAGUUAA